AUGUGUGGUAUCUUUGGUGUUUUCAACCUCCCUGGCGAUGCCAACGCCUUCCGCCAACGCGCCCUCUUCCUCUCCAAGAAGCUUAGACAUCGUGGACCUGACUGGAGCGGAUGCACUGUUGCCGGCAACCACAUCCUCUGCCACGAGCGUCUUGCCAUCGUCGGUGUUGAAUCGGGAGCCCAGCCCUUGACCAACGACGACGAAUCUCUUAUCCUUUCCGUCAACGGCGAGAUCUAUAACCACAAGGCCCUCCGCAAGUUGUGCCCUGAGGGGACCCACUUCAAGACCCAGUCCGACUGCGAGGUCAUCCUCCACCUUUACAAGCAUAUGGGCGCAGAGGUCGUGAAACACUUGGACGGAAUGUUCUCAUGGGUCCUCCUCGACACCAAAAAGAACCGUAUCCUCGCCGCCCGCGACCCCAUCGGCAUCACAACUCUCUACCAAGGAUGGAACAGCAAACAACCCGGAACCCUCUACUUCGCCUCGGAACUCAAGGCCCUUAACGAAGAGUGCGAUCGAAUCAUUGCCUUCCCCCCUGGACACAUUUUUGACUCGGAGACUGGCGAGACGACCCGGUAUUUCCAGCCCACUUGGUGGGAUGGUGAAAAGAUCCCUGCCAACCCAGUCGACUAUAAGCUUAUCCGGGAAUCUCUGGAGAAGGCGGUCCGGAAGAGAUUGAUGUCGGAGGUUCCCUAUGGUGUUCUCCUUAGUGGUGGGUUGGACUCUUCCUUGAUUGCUUCGAUCGCCGCACGGGAGACGCAAAAGAUGAUUGAUGGAACCGUCCCCCUCAACAAGGAUGGUGACGAUGUCGACGAGUCUGCGGUCGCCUCAUGGCCUAGACUCCACUCCUUCUCGAUCGGUCUUGAAGGCUCCCCCGAUUUGGCCGCCGCCCGCGUCGCCGCCGACUACUUAAAAACCGUCCACCACGAAUACACCUUCACCGUCCAGGACGGUCUGGACGCCAUCGCCGACGUCGUCUACCACCUCGAGACCUACGACGUCACCACCAUCCGCGCUUCAACACCUAUGUACCUCCUCAGCAGAAAGAUCAAGGCCAUGGGCGUCAAGAUGGUCCUCUCCGGUGAGGGCGCCGACGAGAUCUUUGGCGGCUACCUCUACUUCCACGCCGCCCCCUCCGCCGACGACCUCCACACCGAGACCGUCUCCCGCGUCAAGAACCUCCACUACGCCGACUGCCUCCGUGCCAACAAGUCGACCAUGGCCUGGGGAGUCGAGGCCCGUGUCCCCUUCUUGGACAAGGCCUUCCUCGAGGUCGCCAUGAACGUCGACCCCAAGGAGAAGAUGUCCUUCAAGGGCAAGAUGGAGAAGCAUAUCCUCCGCAAGGCCUUCGACACCUCCGCCGACCCUACCGCUCAGCCCUACUUGCCCGACUCGAUCCUCUGGCGUCAGAAGGAGCAGUUCUCAGACGGUGUUGGAUACGGCUGGAUCGAUUCUUUGAAGGAUACGGCUUUGGCCAAGGUCUCGGACGAAGAGUUUGCCAAGGCUGCCGAACGCUGGCCUCAGGAUACCCCCCAGACAAAGGAGGCAUAUUGGUACCGUGAGGUCUUUGAGCUGGCCUUCCCCCAGGAGGCUUGUACAGAGUCUGUUGUCCGCUGGAUCCCCCGUGGUGACUGGGGUUGCCCUGCUGAUCCUUCCGGUCGUGCCCAGAAGGUUCACGAUUCAGCCUAUGACAAGACUGACUAA